AUGGAAAUAUGCAAAAGAUCCAGGUACACUGACACAAUAAUAAAAUGUUUUUCAUUCUCCUCGUCUUCAUCCUCCUCGUUACUCCUUCCCCCCGCCAUUUUCGAUUCUGAUUUAUCCACGGGUAGUACCUUUCCAUUUUUUUUAUCCGCGUUGCAAGCGAUUGAAGAUACGGCAACCUCUAGCUCUACCGAAAACCUGCCUUCUAAAAAAUCUGCAGAAAAUGGGAAAAUAUCUGCUGAUGCACCUUCUGGUUGGAACAAAAUGUUUCUGCCAAAUGAAGAAGGGAACCCAAAAAAGAAUGAAAUUAUGUUCACAGCCCCUACAGGGGAAGAGAUCAGGAACCAUAGGCAGCUAGAGCAGUAUCUAAAAGCACACCCAGGUGGUCCUAAACUCUCAGAAUUUGAUUGGGGAAGUGGUAAAACCCUGAGACGGUCAACAAGAAUCAGUGAGAAAAUGAAAUCAACUCCACAUUCAGAGACAGAGCCCCCAAAAAAAGGGGCAAGAAUGUCUUUAAGCUCAAAGAAUGGUAAUAUAGAGAACCAAGAGCUCCCUGAAGCAGUCACCGACAUAGAUGUCAAAGUGAAGAAAGAUGGAAAGGUGCAGAAAGACGAUGAGAAACGAGAGGAAAAUGAGACUGUGGGGAAUGAACCCGGGAGAACUGAGAAGGAUAUGGUGCAUGAUAAAAGAGAUGAGCCCAAAGCACAUGGCAAAGAAGCCAAGCCUGUUGAAGAAGACAAGAUGUGUGAGAUCCUGAAAGUAUCCCACUCAAAUAUAAAUGAAGAGAAUACAGCUGAUGGUCGCGAAAGCGAUGAAGACAACCAAGAAUUCAGUGGUUCGAGCAAUUCUUCAAAACGGAAGUCGGGAGAGUAUGAAUCGGCUAGCAACGAUAUCAUUCCCGACAUGAAUGAAGAUCUCAUUCCUUCGUUUGAAUCUGCUAAAAAAGGGAAAAAGAAGCAAAGGACAACCUUCUCGUCGGUCUCCAGUGUUGCGGCUGCCAUUAGUGCCUACAAACAAAUGAAAACACAAUGGUUGGAUGCAAAACGCAAGACGGAUAAGUUGGUGGCAACUUUGAUGGAGACAAAAAUCGAGGCGACAAAGUCCAAAACCCUAAGACGGGAUUUGAGGUUUUUUAUGGAACCGCAUGAUCACAUCACCAAUCCUGCUACGUUGCAAUUCAUUCUUGGUCGAAAACGUGAACUAGCGAUCAAACACGGAUGGCCUUGCAAUUUUUAAAACUUAUAGUUUCACUUGUUUUUUUUAAAACUUAUGUUCCCUUACCUUUUUUUCAUUUGAUUGAGAU